AUGGACUCCUCGCCGCUUGUGAAGGCUCAUGAUCAUGUGCGCGCUGCAGGCGUAGCCCACCAGUCAUCAGAUAGUACCGUCGCAAUCACCGAACAUACUCAAGCCGCUGGCGAGUUUGCCAACGCCGCCAGGUCGACCUCCAGCAUCGAAGCUCUCCGAACUCUCAAGCUCCUGGAAGAGCAUCAUCGAAAGAUCGCAGAUAUACUUAAACGCCCUACCACGCCUGCUCCCCAAGUCGACGACAACGAUCUCAGCGAAAAAGAUUCGUCUGACAAGACGAAUACUCCCUCUCAAGAUGCGCACGGCAAGAAAGAAAACAAGAAUGACUCUCCGGCAUCCAAGAAGCUAGCUCCUCCUACCCAGAGGCGCUAUGCUCACCGUGAGAUGUCUUCGUCUAUUGCUAGUAACCUGGCUAAUGCCCGUGGCAUCCCGUCAAAGUACCGAGGACAGCCUCUUGCGCCCAGCGUUAGCAACGACCAAGCCCCAGGCAAUCUCGACGCGGCAACUCAUCCUCGUGGAACAAAGGCCAAGAUGCAAAACAUUAUCGAGCACCGGCCCGGUAAACCAACAUGGGUCCCUCCCGUUCCCUCAACUACGCGUUCCGAUAGCCAUGGCAAGGGUUCAUCUUCCCCACGGUCCGAUAUCGCAUCUUCUGUGGCAUCCAGUGACGACGGCGGUUAUACUCGAUUUUACAACGCUUUUGGAAGUAUCAUGAAUAAGAUUUCGGCACCCUUAGCCUUUGCUGGACUGCCGCUGAUUCAAGAGGAAUCCUCUAUUUCUGAAUCCCAAGACUCCCCAGAAAUGUCGCCUAAGCGUAGUCACCUCAAGGCAACCCCGUCCAAAAUACCAGAACCAGACAUCACCAAGAUAUACUCCCAGGCGACUUUGAAGACUUUGGCUAGAGAGGGACAUGGACCGACCGAUUCUUUCUAUGUCGUACCCAGUACCGGCCACACCAUGUCCUAUGCAAAUAUCUUGAGUUUUGCCGAAAAGGAAAGGAGACGCCUAGGGGCGUCGUCUCACAGCGAUUUGCUUGACGUCCCGGAUGAAGAUGAUGACGAUUUUGUUGACGCCCGAGAGGCACCCACACUAUCUCCUGGAGCCAAACGUCGCAUCGGCCGUGCUAGCACUGACAAAGAACUGAACAACACUAUCGAGGAAUUAUAUACUGAAAACAAAUCACUUAAGGAUAUGCUCGACAAGCUGACCAAACGCCUCCACGCCUUUGAAGCUAGCGCUCAGACUUCUGCCAUGGCUCUUGCUGAAAGCUACCGUCUUAUGCGUCCUGGAUCUCCUUCUGCCUCUCCACACCCUGGUAAGGCAGCAGAUGAAACCUUGCGACGCAAGAAUCAGGAGAUGGAAGAACAGCUCGCUGCGGCCAUGAAACAGAUGGAGCGUCUGGAGAAGGACAAUCGUAAGAUGCAAAAGGUUUUGGAUAAGUAUCGGGAAAAGUGGGAGACGUUGAAAGCAGGAGCAAAAGCUCGGAGAGAGGCUCAAGGGGUUGGUGAAAGCGUAGAUGAUGCCUCGACAGCUGGUUAG